AUGCACCCAAAGCGUGAAGAAGAUGUGGCAAUAUCGACAGGGAACAAGAUAGCUUUGGGUAAAACCGAGUCCCAGGAGGGCGGCAGUGCUAGUGACGAAAACGACAGGGAAAGCAUCUACUCCCGGUGCUCUAAUAACGGUGAUGGAAUACAGGCAUGUAUGCACGAGCUAGCCGCAGACCUCGCCAAGGCCGUGGAUAUCUACGAUCUGAAUCACGAGGUCAUUCAGGAUAUCGUCAAAGCUCUCCCUGAGCUGCUGACAGCCUUUGCACUGAGUCUAGGCCAAGCAUCCUCCAGUCAAACCCAGCGUGAUAUCAUGGUAUUCAUUCACCAACAUCGACGGUUAAUUGCAACCAUGUUCGAGCAAGCUCUCCUCUCACGCAGUACUGAAUUUCUGAAGCAGCGCUCGGCUAAAGCGAGGUCUGUGGACGAUACGAUGUGGUUUGAGGGUCAGCAGAAUGACGAAGCGUUACACAGCAUGAGCCUCCCUCAUCGUGAACUCGCGGAUCGCCGAAAAAGCCGCAUGAAGCAGAGUGAAACCGUCAAGUCCGGUGAAGACACAACCACUGCGAAUAACAAUUCUGAGGCUGGCAGCAGUCGCUCGCAAACGCAGAACUAUCUGCUCUUGAUCCAGGCUAGUUCUGCAUAUUCAUUGCUGUUGAAGAGGAUUCGACGUGAGCGUAUGAUCGCACUGCCAGGACCAAGACAUGGAGCCAGGAUCCGCGAAACGAUUCUUGAGGCUCUGCCUAAGACUCAACGGAUCAGUAGAAGAGCCCCCAGUCAGAGCUUCAAUAUCACACUCAAGACGUAUUGGGAUCCGGUCAUUUUCAUGGAGGAGCAGCGGUAUGAAGAGACAGCAGACUACGCAUUUGAGAGAGUUAUUACAACAACCGGCUGCUUUUCUUCAGCACAGGCCCUGACCAUUUGGGAAUAUAUGGACCAAACGUGGCCUUGUACAGGUUGCGACGUGUUGAGCCUGGUGAAGACAACCAUAACCAAGGGGGUCAAGGAACCUGUUACCCUUGUAGACGGUACUCGAGUCACUUGUACCCGAGGCACAUUUGCAGAGGAACGGUCAUCGCGCCAAAUGCUCUUCGAAAUCUGCGGAACGGGGCCCGCCAUUGCAGAGAUUGGCGAGCAGGUAGCAUGGAUGGCCUCCGCGUUGCGGACCUGUCCUUUGGAAGGGAUGGUUGUCUAUAGCAAGCCUAUCGUGCAUACCACCAGGCCGCAUUACGGUGGUCACAGUCCACAAUCAGCUUUUCUAUUUGAGCUCACAGUUGAACUCAGGGAGAGUAUGAAGAGCAUAGAGCCCCUUAACGGGCAGUGCUGGCACAGAAUGAUGGCGAGUCCAGUGGUAGUGGAAGGUUUCCCAAUCCGUCGGCGACCGUCGCACGCGUCCGAGGGUCUGGAAUUACCGCUAGGAAUGCUGGCUCAGCUGGUUGAUACGACUCGAGUAUCCCGAUUUGACGAAAAGACACUCUUGAAGGGGUUUACCAGCAUAGCUAUUGUGACUGGCUAUUCCCAGAAUAUUGUCUCAUGGCAUUUCACUCAGGAGAACCGGGGCCGUAUGUCUCAUUUACGCAGCGAAGAGUGGCCAGGUCUCUCUGUUGCAGUCCAUGCCCUGAAGGCAGCUCGGCAUGUAGUAGGUUGGUGUCCAGAGAUAAAGCUAUUUGCAGGUCAACAGGGUGCGAGCUACAGCAUUGGAAAUACCGGACUACCAUACACUAUUGAAGAGCAAGAGCUUUUCAGUACCUCCACGCUCUCUGCAGGCCCAAUAUUGGCAGACGGCAUACGCCCUGUCCUAGGUCAAAGAGACAUUAGAGCACCGCGAUCGUCAUUCAUUAAGAAGAUGAAAUGGCUCUUUCAAAAAUACGUUGUUCUAUGGGAUGAAGCGGAUCAAAGAGGAUGGCUGGUUAACGGAGCUAGCGCUCUGCUACAUCUUAUCCGAGCAUCGAUUUAUGAAGACCGCCGUGAUAGUAUAUCUGAAGCCGCUCGCCAUUUGCAUGAGGACCAGCUACACGAGGCUAAACGGCCGUAUCAAUGGGACUCAGCUUUUCAACUGCUAGUUCAUCCGAUCAAUCGCAAGAUAAACAUGUCCGGGAGCGGAGAGAAUUUAAUUACGUUUCAAGACCGUGCUGAAGACUACUUUACCUUGCUGGAACAAGCAAUAGACAUUCAGCUCAGAGCCACAAGUCGGCGCGGGACGGCUGGUAAAAAGCCAAGGUCUUUGCUGGGCGGGUGGGAUUUCCGGGACCUCACGACGGAGGACAAUCCUAUUUACCUGCGACAGACAGUUCUACCACUUGAAGGUCGAUCCUGGGUGGACUUAACUCGUGCGAUUUAUGCAGUCACGUUAUUUGGUCGGGGCUUCGGUGACAUCAUACAACCUGCGAACUGGCCACAACCAUUUGCAGAAUGGAACACAGUCCCGACUGGCAGGUUCUAUCUCACGGCCAGCGCUCGAGAUAUCAGAAAUAUAGCGGAGGCAAACGGUGACCCGGACUCUUAUCCCGCAAGACUGACCCAUGACCUGCUUUGGUGCUCUACAAAGGCCAGCAGCACACAUCCAUUGCAAAAAUUCGAGGAGAGAUCCAAGAGCACGGAGCAUGUUGACAUGCUUGUACCUGUCGCGAUGUUGAGCGAAGCUCAAGAGACGACCGUGGCCUCAGAUUGGGACGUAGGGGCUAUGAUCUUUGGGUUUAACCCGGACGAUGCAUGGUAUUGGGCCGACUACGGAUAUCCAACUAGGUCUAAGCCUGCCGUUCAAGAAUUGGGACCAGACUACUUCAAAGACAGCGCCGGUGAUAGUCAAAUUCCAUCGAUCUAUACGGGUGUAAGGCGUUCAUCGGCAUGCGGGGCGUCUCAGACGAUGGAGCAGGGGCUCUUCAACUUGGCAAAUACCACAGCUGGCCCGUCAGAACACAUUCUCCAUCAGCCGUCCAAUAGAAAGCUGACACUCGCUCACUACACGGUCGGAAUCAUUUGCGCCUUACAACAUGAGCUGAUGGCAGUCCGUGUUCUUUUCGACGAGGUCUUCGAGCCGGUCACAAUGCCAGCUGGGGACCACAACCAUUACGUUCUGGGCCGCAUAGCAGAGCACAACGUGGUCGGCGUCUGCCUACAGCACGGCUCAGAUAGCACUGAAUCCGCGCGGAAAAGUGUCCACUACAUAAAGCACAGCUUCCCCGGGAUACGUUUCUGUCUCCUAGUUGGCAUGGGCGCAGGAACGCCCUUCGACGCGCACGACAUCCGACUAGGCGAUGUUAUCGUCAGCGACCCCCGCCGCCCGUACUCGGGAGUCAUACCGUACGACAUCACCCAAACCCCCCUAAGCGGACCUCUCACGCUCAACGGAUUCCCCCUCCCGCCGCCCACCGACCUCACACAAGCAAUCAGCGCCCUCGAAUCCAACCCGGACGGUGCCACCGCCUCCCUAGAUCGCUACAUCCGCCAGAUCGAGCUCCUCAAAAUCCAAUAUCAACACCCAGACCCCGACCCCGACCGCCUCUUCCUCAGCUGUUACUCCCACGCCCUCCCCAGCGACCCCGACUGCCACCGCUGCUGGUCGAUGUUCGAGCUCCGCCGCCCGCCCCGACCCACCCUCCAGCCCUGCAUCCACUACGGCCUCAUCGCCUCGAGCACCGCGAUCCCGCGCGCGGGCUACCACCGCGACCUCCUCAUCAAGGCGCACAACAUCCUAUGCUUCGAGACGGAAGCCGCCGGCAUCGUCGAUGUCUAUCCAUGUGUCCUGAUCCGCGGAAUCUGCGACUACGGCGACUCGCACCGGAACACCCGGUGGCAGCACUACGCGGCUGCGACGGCGGCGGCGUAUGCGAAGGUGCUCUUGGCCAGUGUGAAUGGUGCCGAUAUACAUGGGUAUGGGCAUGCGCAUAUGUAUGGGAAUACGAUUGGCGGGAGAGACCCAGUGGAGCGGAAGAGACGGCGGGAGUCGCCUGAUUCCGGGGCGGGGGUGGGCUCGUCGAAGCGUCCUGGUAUGUUCUAUGGGGCUUGA